UGAAGCACAGGAAGAAUAGCUGAGACUCAGAGGCCGCCAUUACAGGAUGGAAUUCUGACAUGUCCGGCUUAAUGCCAGUCCAACCCUCGAGAGGAUUUCUUGAUAAACAAGAAGUGGCCUGAGACUGAAUCGGACGAACUCGGUGAGUCAACAAUGUUUGCUCUUCUCUGUUCAAGACAGCUUCUAUUACUCAAAAGUAAGAGGACCCAACUGGGGUCUUUUCAGCAAAAUGCUUUCUUUAUUCUAAAAUCAUUCACAUCGAUAGGGCUAUGUCAAUCUAGCGAAAAACAACAAGAAGAAAAACAUUCUUUUACAGUGUCUUACCUCAUAAACUCGUGUGGGUUGUCCCCAAAGUCUGCUAUUUUAGCAUCCCAGAGUAUGAACUUUGACAACCCAGGGAGACCAGACUCGGUGCUUAAUCUUCUCAGAGAGAAUGGAUUCACCCCUACCCAUAUCUCCAAAAUUAUCAGGGUAAAGCCACGGUUUCUUUUAUAUGAUCCUGAGAAGACCCUUUCGCCCAAGAUUGAGUUUUUCCGUUCUUUGGGGGUUUCGAGCUCUGACCUCCCUGGGAUCCUCUCUUCAAAUCCAAUGUUGUUAGCAAGAAGCUUAGAGAAACAACUAAUCCCCUCCUAUGAUUUCCUCAAGAGUGUGGUUCUUGUCAACGAGAAAGUCCUUACAGCUUUGAGGCGCUCAGCACGGGCUUUUCAAUUUAAUGUGACAACUAAUAUGGCUCCUAACGUUGCACUUUUGAGACAACUUGGAGUGCCUCAAUCUACCAUUUCUUAUUUGGUAAGUAAUUAUCCUUCUCAAGCGUUCACUAAGCAUACUAGGUUUGCUGAGGUUGUCCAACAGGUUAUAGACAUGGGAUUCAAUCGCUUGAAAAUGGUGUUUGUCGUGGCAAUCCAAGUGUUAUUGAAGAUGAGUAAACAAAGAUUCGAGUCAAAAUUGGAGUUUUAUAUGAGGUGGGGUUGGUCAAAGGACAUGGCCCUCUCUGCAUUUAAAAGGUAUCCAAUUUGUAUGCUUUUAUCAGAAGAGAAGAUCAUGAAAGCAAUGGACUUCCUUGUGAUCAAAAUGGGUUCGCCAUCUGCUGAUAUUGCUAGAACUCCUUCAGUUAUGUCUUACAGCUUGGAGAAGAGGAUAAUGCCUAGGUUUUCAGUUAUUCACAUUUUACAAGCGAAGGGUUUGGUCAAGAAUGAUUUGUCCUCAGGAUCUAUCAUAAUACCGAGUGAAAGGUGCUUCGUGGAGAAGUUUUUGAUCAAAUUUCAGGACGAUGUUCCUGAACUGUUGAAUGUGUAUCAGGGUAAGAUGGGUCUUAUCGAGGUUGGAAGUCAAUCUCAGAAUGUAUGUGGUGCUAAAAUGUUGUAACAUUUUGACUUCCAACUUAAGAUUGUGUAUUCUCUAGCAAAUGUAUGCCGAAGUACGGCAAUGAUCUACUCAAACAAGGAAUAAGAUGAUUCCUAAGGCUGCUUCCUGGUAGGGCUGCGCAUGAAGUGAUAAUCCUAUUACAGUUUAAGUUUGAAAGCCCUUUAGACUAGAAGAAAUAUAGUUUGGGCAAAACUAAGGGUAAACAGUCUUUUUGACUGUAACCCUAGAAGUUAAAAAUGUUAAGGUGUCAUGGGGUUUGAACAACGAGAGAUACAAGAGGCAGCUCAUGCAGUAACUUGGACACCUCAACUGAUGAUCAAAUGCAGAGUUGCAGAUAACUCAUCCUUUAUCUCCAAGUGCUCGGUUACUUAGUUCAACUACAUGGAUGCUGCUUUGAAUUUCUUGUCCUUUCAGUUACUUUAGAUUGUAAUCUAGUUAUUUGAUUUCCUCAGUUUAUUUAUCAUCAUCUACAGCUUCUAUAUGACACUUAUCAGGAUCAUUAGUUGUUGUAUAUCACAAAUGUAACAAACUCUAUGUGCUUGUAAUUAUAAAUACAAUAGACAUUGCUCUGUUUUGGAUAAUUAAAUCAAAACAGUUUCUCAAAAUUUACAAAAGAAAAUGUACUCAUUCUUUUCAUAUGCAGGUUCCUCUGUUGUUGCCCUACUGAUUUUGUUCUUUUCUAGUUCACCUCCAACAACCUCUACACCUCCUUCAGCUAUGGCCAUGCCACAACCAAAGUUCCAUGGCACUAUGUCCAAUCAUCGGCAUGUUGUACGUGCUCGGGGUUAGAGAUGGCCAGCUGGUCGAUCUUGAAGAGAAAGCUCUGAAUGAUAAGGCCCAAAACCUAGAAUCAAAGUUUAAGGUUAUUUCUUCGAGUUGAGUUUGAAUACUGUCUUGCAGCUAGACUCUUGCUCGAGAGCUUAUAUUAUGUCGAGCUUAGUUUGAGUAGCCAAUACUUAGCUCAAUUCGAUCCGAUUAUAAGCUCGAAUAGUCAAUACUUAGCUCAAUUCGAUCCGAUUACCUUAUAAUCGCAGGCUUCAAAACUUCUCAUGUGUUAGAAUAAGUGGACAAUAAGCAUCACCUUGUUUUGUCAUAUGGAUGGCUUUUCAAUCCACACUUGCUGGGCUUUUGUUUAAAUUUGUGAAGGUAACACAACUGUACACCUUGGCUUACUGUAAUGAAUA